AUGGGACCAUUUCUUUCGCGUAUGGGUAUCUUAUUGGGUACACGCAUUAACAAUUAUGACAUGAAUGGUAUUCCUCUUCAUCAUAAAUGUCGUAAUUGUGGUCGUGGAUGUGAUCCAGUGAAAUCUACCACAACAUGUGCUAAUGCUAAAUUUACUCGUACGGGUACAAAGGAUCAGGUAGCCAUAAUAAGACCAGUCAUACCAGAUGAAAAAGUACGAUGGUCAUCAUCAUUUGAUUAUCAACCAGUUGAAUUUACUGCGGAAAAAGUUCGAACAUCAACUAAAGAGUAUGUCGAUCGAGACCCACGACAGGAUUCAUCUGUGGAAAUACCAUGGAACUCCGAUGAUCGUUUAUGCGAUCGGCGAUCUUAUCAUGGUACUUAUAAAAUUAUUGGGCGUGUACCACAGAAUCCGUGUGGACGCACCGGUAUUACUGGUCGCGGACAUCUUGGUCAUUUCGGGCCUAAUCAUGCCGCCGAUCCAAUUGUAACACGAUGGAAACGUGAUGCAAAUGGUGAAAAAGUAAUUCAUACAGAAACGAGAAAGCCAAUUUUACAAUUUGUUUGUAUAAAACGUAAAGAUACAAAUGAAUAUGCUAUACCUGGCGGAAUGGUUGAUAAAAAAGAGAAAGUUACUGAGACAUUACAACGUGAAUUUCAAGAAGAAACACUUAAUUUUCCUGACUUAGAUGAACGCAACAAACAUGAUUUAUUAGCAACAAUAAAAGAUAUUUUUGAAAAUGGUGGCAUUCGCAUUUAUUGUGGUUACGUUGAUGAUCCUAGAAAUACAGAUAAUAGUUGGAUGGAAACAACAGCAUACAAUUUUCACGAUGGAAACAAUGAACAUCUCGCACUAAUCAAUGUUCAUGGUGGCAGCGAUGCCUUAAGUGCAUUUUGGCAUGAUCUUGGCUCUGAAACACCCUUAUUUGCCAGUCAUGCUGAUUUUCUUCAACGCGUUGCAAAUCUUCAUCAAGCUCAUUGGUAA